AUGACUGCCUAUGAGCUGCUAAAAGGGAGAAAGCCUGAUAUAUCCUAUUUUCAUGUUUUUGGAUGUAUGUUCUAUAUCUUGAAUCAGAAGGACCAACGUUCAAAAGUUGAAGCAAAAGUUAAUAAAGUCUUCUUCUUGGGAUAUUCAAUUGAAUCUAAAGCCUUUAGAGUUUUCAAUCAUCCAAGGCAAGUCAUUAAGGAAUCGAUACAUGUUACAUUUGAAGAUGUGUCAUUCAUUCAAGAUCGAACAAAUCAUCAUGCCAACAUUCUUAACGAGCAUGUUCAUAGUCCAUCUAACUCUCUUUCUGAGACAAUUGUCCCAAACAUUGACCAUGAUCUCAAUCAUCUCUAUAGUGCUGAGGACCCAAUUGAUGCUAAAGAUCAAUCUCAUAAUGCUGGAGAUUCAAAACAUGAAGUAAUUCUAAAUCAUAAGGAACCACUCUCUAAUGAUGAAUCAAUCAACAACAAUGAUUUAAAUCAUAUAUUCCAUCAUGAUCACCUUGAAUCUCAGACCAUGUGA